AUGAACUAUGAUGCUGGAGGUCAUGAUGAUGAUGUAGAUCCACAAAAUUUAUCAAUCUUCAGUCAUCCUGGUCGAACAGCUGGAACUUCUAAGAGUCGAUAUUUAACUGAUAUGGAAUCAGCUGCUGCUCAUUUGCAUAUCCUACUUAAUUGUGACGAAGUUAAACCAUUCAUUGAACGCUUUGAGCAACAUUUGGAGGCAUCCUUUCCUAAUAUCUCUCAAGCUGAUAUUGAUGGUAGGAUUGCAUCUGAGUUUCCAACUUGGUUUCGAUCUUAUAUGUCAGAUCGUGGUCGGGGAAAAUCCAAAACUCUUAGAGGACGUCCAAGACCGUUAUCACACACUCACAAUGAUAUGUCAUCACAUGUGGCACAUCAUGCCACUCCACCUUUAGCACAAGAGGAUUCCACCAAUGUCCCACCAACUCAAUCACCGCCAAAUGUUGUUGUUGUCACUCCAUCACCUAGGACAUCUCAUUCAACCCCUUCACCCCGUAGUUCUGAAACGGGUGAUGAGCCUAUAAUUGGAUCAAGUGAAUCUCAAACUGUAUCAGAUGAUGACAAAACUACUCUCAUCCUUGCGGGUCAAGGGUUCUUACCUUCGCACCAUUCACUAUACUGA